AAGUGCAAGAGUACAGCCAGAGAGAUUAUUGAGAAUAUUGCAUGACGCGUUGAGGAAGCAAAAAGAGAGAAGACAGUCAGUUGAUUUCUGCUGAAAGGUUCAAAUGGGGCGAUAGCCUUUUUCCCCAGAUUUAUCACGAAAUUCAACAGCUUAUCACGUGUUCCAUUGUACUGGGUGAGAGUGAAGGAAUAUUGUGUGCUCGGGAGUGGAAUUUCGUGAAUGCCUUCACUCAGUCUGUGUGUGUCCGUUGACGGGAAGUGAGCUUGAAAAUUCCUAGUGAGUGAUUUAGUUCUGUGCACAAGUGCAGAGAGUGAGGACAUGGCCUCUUCUCGCCUCAAUUAUUUAUUGUUUAUUUAUAUUUCGCAUCUGGGAUGGUCUGAGGCAUUCAACUUGUUCCAGCCGAACAGAGUGUACGUGUACAACUUCACAGGAAGCGUCCAAGUUGGUGCCAGAGAGAGCAACAGUGAUCACAAUGCCAAUCCGACUUGGUGGCGCAUCACUGGACUCUUCCAGAUGCAGAGAAUCGACUCCACAACUCUGGCGGCCUGGAUUACGCCACAUGGAGAAGUGAAUAUCUUCCCGCCAAAACACGCUGACCCCAAGCGAAUGUGGAUGUCGGACGAAUUGCGGGCACCGUUUAAGAUAAUCAUUGCCAACAAUGGUGCUAUCAACUAUGUGGCCGUGAAUGCAAAGGAGAAAGCAUGGACGUCGAAUUUCAAACGCGCCUUUGCGUCCACAUUUCAGCUGCAGGUGGAGAAGAGUGGCCUCUUCACCAUGAACGAGGGUGGCUUGCAUGGCUUCUGCAGCACCAGCUAUCUCGUCACGAAUCGCACGACGCACUGGCAGGUGCGCAAGACGGUGGACUUGAACUCCUGCUCGCCGCACGGCAAGGGAAUCCACCAUUCCAGGAUCAAUGUGCCGAACGUGCCGUGCCUGGACAAGACUGAGCGCAAGGUUGUGGUGAGCAAUGAGGGAUCGUACGAGCUCCGGCCCAACAAGAAUUCGGGUGUGUUUGUGUCCAAAGCCACCAUGAAGGGCGUCACGCUGGUGAAUAUCUUCGAGUCCACAGGAUCUGCACAGUACAUAAAUUCAGAGCUCGAAGUGAACUUUGUGAAGGAGCGAAUGCAUCCCAAGGAAGUGUCUCUGGAUGUGGACAAACUCCUCCUCACGUCGCUCGAGUACGUGAAUCACAACAAAGAUCCCACUGCCGGCAGAAACACCGCCACGGAUGAUCACCAGAUUCGUCAGGUUGUCUAUCUCCUCAACUACCUCACCGAUGCACUGGACGCCGCUGAGGUGGACUUCGAAGAUCCCAUCGACAGUCAUGUGGCAGAGACUUUCCGUGUGAUUGGCUUCAUGGAAUUCGAGGCGCUGGAGAAGCUGUUCAAGGAAAUCGACAUCGGCACAUCGUAUCGCCAGGAGACGAUCAGGAAUCUCUUCUUUGAGUUCGUGUCGCGCGUGGGCACCAGAGCUUCUGUCCUCCUCACACGUGAUCUCGUGGUGAAGAAGAGCGUGAAGCCAACAACAGCUGUGCAGCUCCUCAUGGCGCUGCCCUUUCACAUUGACGAGAUGAGUCAGGAUCUCGCGCGGGAGUGCGAAAUCCUCCUGUCUCUCGGCUCUGAUCGCCCAGAUGUGAAGCAAGCGGCAGUGCUGAGCUACGCCACACUCAUUCAUCACACUUUCGUGGGCGGGAAGAUGACUGUGGAUGUCUUUGAACGAUACGUGAAGAAGUACUUUGAUCUCUUCUUCAACAGUCCAGACUAUGAGCAGCAGAUGCUGUACCUCUUGGCCCUGACCAACCUGGAAUUGGGCAAUGUUGUGGAGUAUCUGGAGCCCAUUGUCAAGGGAGAUUACCCUCAGAAUACAGACAUUCGCUUCCUGGCAAUCUGGUCGACGCUGUCAUUGGCACAUGUGCGACCGGAGAAGACUUAUGAGCUGUACUGGCCAAUCUUGGAGUCCAGAGACGCUCCGCUGCAGCUACGAGUGGCGGCUCUAAUGCAACUCCUCAUGUCCAAACCCUCUCCAGCACGUCUCAUGAGCAUCCACGAGUAUAUGCUGUCCGACAAUUGUCCACACUUGAGGAAUUUCUACAGAACGACAAUCUUGGGACUCAAGAAAACCACGCAUCCGUGCUACGAAAACAUGAAGGACAUGAUGGGAUUCCUCUCUCGCCAUCUUCCGCUGGAAUCGACUAAGAAAUACUGGACAGGAAAUUACAUGGACGGAACAGUUCAUCAGUCAGCUAUUGGCAUUGGAAUUCAGUCUCUCCUGAUUGCUGACGAUAAGACUGACAUUCCCGAGGUGGUUUAUCUGCGUCUGGAUACAGAAUCACUGAGAAAGUAUACUGGGAAAUUCUCUGUUUUCGUCAAAAUCCGCGGCUUGGCUGAGUUGAUAGAGAAGAUCGCCCUUCCGAUUGAGGAGAUUGAUGGCCUGCGGAGCAUUCUGAAUGGCAUGAGACUUCAUCCAGUGCCACAAACUCCGCUGCAUCUGGAAUUCGUGCUGAAUGUGGAGGGAAAAGCAGUGCUUUCUUACUACAUCAAUCAAACCACAAUUAUGAACAUCACGGAGGGAGACAUCAUCACUAGGUUGCAGACACUCAUCAUGGGUGAGACGCACAUCAAUAUGCAGACUAUCAGAUGGCCUUUCAUGAACAGAUACUCAGUGCCGACGGUUCUUGGCACGCCGGCUGAGGUUGUGAUUGAGAGCACAGUGGCCACAGCGGUGCGAGGCAACAUCACCUUUCCCAACCACAUGAGCUCCACGAUGAGAAAUCACCAGAUCGACAUGAGAUAUUCGUCUUACUCCACUUGCUUGUCGCGAAGCUACAAUCCCUUCCUGAACUAUGAGCAUCAAGUGCAGCAGGAUCAGGGCUUCUUGGGAUUCAAGCCCAUUAACAGCGAACUCAGUCUGAACAUGGUCACCGGCGGGAUGUCCAUCAGCUUCAUCCGCCCAAAGCAAACAACCAGCGGCUUCGCCCUCAAAUCGAGGAUCAGUGUCAACAUCAGGGAAUUCCUCUUGCUGGACACAGACACGAAGCCCGCCAAUCCGUUUGUGUUCGUGGAGUCUGAGGAUGACAAAUCUGUGUCUGUUCUGGACUGGGACAUCGCGGAUCUGGGCACGAGGAUGCAAGUGUCGGUGGGAAUGAAGAAAAUCGUGCCGAGCAUGUUUGACUUCACGAACAUCCUUUCGCCGGAGAAUGGAAAUGUGCCCCAAUUUGCUGGUCAAGCUCUGCAGACGGCAAAUAUCCUGCAAGUGAUCACCACUCAUUUGGGAAAUUACAAAAACAUAAAGUGGCUGGUGAAGAAUGAACAGGACUCCAAGAUCCUCCUGACACUGAAUCUUAACCACGAUGAUGGGAAUCCCGAUUUAUUUGCCAAGAAUUUGAACAUGGAGUUAAUGCACACGAGCGAUUUGGUGAAUCGAAAUGCCACGCCAACGCACAGAUGGAGCGCCGUGGUCAGGCUGAUGACGACCAAGAGCACGGGGAAGCACACAAUUCAGGCAUCCUUGACGCGCAUCUCCAACUUGCAGGAUUGGCGGCUCUGUCUCGAAGGCUACUACGUUCCUCUGGUUUACGCCCAAUCGCCGGGCAGUUUUAAGACGACUGCGACUUUUGGCCAGAUUACUGAAGGCUCGAAGAGUCGCUGUCCGCAGAACAAGUCUGUGAUCUCCGUUACCGGGUCAUUCGAUGUGGAUGAUAGCACGAAGAAGAGCCUGCAAGCGCUGCAGAAUGAUGAGCAAUGUCCUGGGAAUCUUGUCAAAUUCACGCCGCCGAUGCUGUUGCUGCAGUGCAAAGAUCGCUUCUCGCCAUUCACGAAGAUAACGGAUCUGUCGCUGCAGAUCAAGCCAAACAGAAUGCCUUCCUGGUACAACGACGGAGUGGCGCGGCUGCAGCAUCUCUACUCCACAUUCAUGUCCUACCCGGACACCAGCACCAAGGAAUGGGCGAAGGGAAUGGACGUGAAGGUGACGAUGCCGCCGGCACGCGGUCAGACAGUCAAAGUGGACGUGAAUGGCGCGCAUCUGGGCUCCCUGGCGCACUUCUCGCCUUUCUACCGGAACACCAACGACAUCAAGUACAAUCAGUGGGACACGAGGCUCAUUACUUACGGCAUCUACAAGACGUGCAGCGUGGCCGGUGGGACGUUGCACACGUUCGCGGAGAGUCAAGUGGAGCUCAGCAAGAUGAUUGUGGAGCGCAACAAGAAGCCUUGCGCUCUACUCCUGGCUGCCGAUUGCACGUCUAAGACGAGCUUCGCUGUCUUCCUGCAGCCCAUCGCCGGAUCAGGAUUGGCUGAGAAGUUUGCCAUAAAGUAUUUCGUUGGUCAGACCAGUGUCGCCUACUCGCCGGACGAUCCCGAGCACGUGGUCGUGAACAAUCCGCUCGUGACGGGCGGAGAUCUACGAAUGCCCAUCAGGAAUCUCACUCUGACCCGAGAGAAUCACGCAACGAAGCAUCUCUGGAUUCACGUGACUCCGGAAGAUAUUCUGGAGAUAAGCGACGGCGUUUUCUUCAAGGGCCUUCAAUUUGAUCGCAAAAACCUCCUGCAGAUGAGCACAUCAUUUAACUUGCGGAGCAAAGUGUGCGGCUUGUGCAAUCCUGAGUCGAAGUCCUCCGCAGAUUCGUACAGCUACUGCUUCAAGUCAUAACACGCUCUC